GGGCAUUGUUCCCUUUGCCUUCCCUAAAACGGGAGAACUUCAACAAGAAGAAGGUAAGUACCUACUCUGUUCUGUGGUCCAACUGUUGAUCGAGUGAAGUUUUCUGUUGAUAAUUUCCGUACCUUAACCUCUCAAUAACAUAACUGUGACAGUUUUCUAAGACCUAGAAAAAUGUUCAAUACAUGCAGUGUUAUGGGUUGUGAGAGUAGACGAAAGGACGUUGCAUUUUACAAAAUACCCAAAUCUGAGACAGGACUCCUUUGGUUAAAACAUUUACAGAAUUCCAAUUCUGUCCAACGUGAUAAGUGCUUCGUGUGUGCCAAACACUUCGAAAAACGGUGCUUCACAAGUUCACGAUUAAGAUCUAGGUUGCAUUCAAGUGCCAUCCCAACAUUGUUCACUGAGAGUGAGAUUAAUAAUGCAGUUCCUGAUGCAACCGGGAAAGUGACCUCUGCGACUGAACUACUAAUGGACCAUGACUAUUCUAGAAAAAGGAAGCAUCAAGUUGAUCAUUCAUACUGUAAAGUUGAUAUUGUGAACAAACAGAUGCAGCCACAAACUGUUACAGAUAAGAAAGCUGAAGAUUCCACUCCUAGAGCAGAGUUACCAGCUGAAAAUUCAAAACAUUCAGUAGAAACAAUUGAGGAAUAUUUGAGUGACUUUGAGAGUGGGCCAGAAUGUCAACCUGAGACUGAAUCACAAGAAGACACUGCAACAGAUGAUACUUCGGAUCACCUGUUAGUGUGUCGUGGAUGUUUCGCCACUGACGUCAAAAUGUUUGAUCUAGACUCGAUGGAUUUGAAGCAAACAUUUGAAGAAUUCGUCGGAAAAACGAAGGUGGAGGAAUUGCCACAUUAUUUGUGCUCGUAUUGCGCGACAUCGCUCGUCAGGUUCUCGCAGUACAGGGAGAGGUGUCGACGCGCGGAAGUGUUGCUGCAACACUUGAGCGACAACAACAUGCUAAAUCCCACACUCAUCAAAUCCAUAGACAGGCCAUAUUACAAAGUAAACUUGAACUUGUCUAUAUCCAAACUCGUGCAUAUGGAAACCGAUGAGAUAGAAAUCAAAACGGAAGAUGUCGAAGAAGAACAAGAAGAAGAAGAUGUAACAUCAGACCGGGAAGAAAGUGGAAUGUAUGCUAAUAUUGUUACUAAUGACAAGAUGUUACAAACGGAUGAAGGAAUUAGUGAAACUAAUCCAUCCGUUAAAUAUUUACAAACAGAUGAUGUAGCAGACAUGGAUAUUGAUCAAUCCAAUGUAUAUUUGCAAGGAAAUAAAGAAGGAAUUACUAAUAUAGGACAACAAGAUGUUGAAGCGGAAAUCAACAAUAUUGGACAAUACGUGGAUUGCAUCGAAGAAAAUGAUCCAGAAAUAAGUCAUAGCAAACAAUCUGAAGAUGACAUGGACACUAAAGUUAUAGAAGAGUUUUUAAAUAGGAUAAAUAAAAUAAAUAGUCCUACAAAAAAGAAGAGCAUAGUGGAUAAGUAUGCGAAGGAACUCUCUAUGGAAGUUAAGGUUUUGACCAAAGAGGAGCAAUUGGAAUCGUGCAGGCGAGGAAAUCGUCAAGCAACUAUUUAAAUUCAAAAUUUAGGUGAG